AUGGGGAAAAGACCUUAUUAUCAUAGAUUUAAGGGCUAUGCCGAGAAACGAUGGGCAAAUAAAGUCACAGUUUGUUACUUGAAGGAUAGUUUCUUCAUUGUUAGGUUUGAAUCGGAAGAAGAGGUCAUGCAGACUUUGUCUAGGAUUCAUACGUUUGAAGGUCAACCCAUUAUUAUCAAGCAAUGGGACAAGAAUGUUAAUCUCUUGAAGGAAGUAUUGGACUCGGUUCCUGUUUGGCUGCGAUUACAUAAUCUUCCGGUAUAUUGCCAUGAUGCUGAGACUGUGUCUAAAGUUUGUUCUAACUUUUCAAAGCCUAUAUAUAUGGACGAUCCAGAAUUACACAGAGAUAAAGGUGAUUAUGUUAGAGUUAUGGUUGAAGUGGGAGUUAAAGAGGUGUUACCAGAAUCUACUAUAGUAGAUAUUCAUGGCAGUGAUUGCUUUGUUGAUUUAGAAUAUGAAUGGAAGCCCACAUUAUGUGAUAUUUGCAAGAAAGUUGAUCACUUGGAAGAUAGAUGCCCUACAAAAGUUCUGCAUACGAAAUCAAAGAAAGGGGUAUACAAAUGGGUAGUUAAAAACAAAGGCAAGAAAAUUGUGGAAGAUAAAGUGUUUGACACUAUGCCAGUUCAAGCCUCGGCUCUAGUUAUCCAUGAGGUGGUUCAGGUUUCAAAUGCUUUUGCAGUUCUUGAAGAGAAUGAAGCUCCUGGUACUGCUAGUGAGGAAAUUGUGGUGGCUGAUGUUAAUGAUACAGUGGUGGUGAAUUUAGAGGGGCAUACUAAGCAUGUCAACAUUGAAGUCCAAGAGAGUGACACUGUUAUUAUUGAUGAGUCUGUUACAGAUACUGAGAAUAUGACACAGUUGGGAUUGAAUUCUGAUUCUAGAACUAAGUUAAUCUUUACACAUGUUUCGUUAAGUUCAGUUGGUGGGGAGGAUCCUAGUAAUGAGACAACUCCUAGUUUGGGACAGAAGGAAGGCUUGAAAUCUGAGAGGAGACCAAAUAAACUAGGGAUUGCUACUUCAGCUAGGAUGACCAGAAGUCAAGUGGGGCUCAUGCCUCAACGUUCUCCUUCUACUCAAUGA